AUGCAGCUUCAAAUUGUCCUCGUCCUGGCUGCGGCUGCCACUGUGUCAACUCGCGGUCUUGUGGUUAGGAGCUCGAAUGCCGUUGAGUAUGUCGGUGUCGCAUGUCAAGACAGCGACAUGUUCAUGGGUAUUCCCUACGCUCAGGACACCGGCGAUGCCAAUCGAUUCAAGCCACCGCGCCCAUACAUGCCCGCUCCAGGUGAAAAGAUCGAUGCCACCAAGCGAGGUCCUGCCUGCCCGCAACCGAUGGGCCGGUUGUCGCCUCCUCUGGCACUUGUCAAUGUCACAGAGGUGUCAGAGAACUGCUUGAAUCUGAACAUCGCCAGGCCGAGAGGCGUCGCUGGUCCAUUGCCCGUGGCGAUUUAUCUUCAUGGCGGUAGCUUUUGGUAUGGAUCAAAGGACGAACCAACGACGGCGCCGGCUGGCUUGAUACAACAGUCAGUCGAGAAUGAGAUACCAAUCAUACAUGUCUCGAUCAACUAUCGUUUGGGGUUCUUUGGCUUCGCACAAUCGGACACACUUAAACGCGAAGGCAGUGGAAAUGCCGGUCUCCGCGACCAACGCCUUGCUAUCGAGUGGGUGCGGGAUAACAUCGCUUCCUUUGGCGGAGACCCAGAGAAGAUCACCAUCUUUGGACAGUCCUCGGGUGGUCUCGCAGUUGGUAUGCAAAUCCUUGCAUACGGUGGAUCAAGGCCUCUUCCCUUCCAGCAAGGCAUUGCAGAGUCUCAAGCCCUCGAGCCAGGUAUCACUGCAAAUUUCACCAUCGAUGCCAUGAGUGCGCUGACCGACUACGUGGGCUGCAACUCGACCAGUGUGCACUCGCCAGAGACGAUUGCAUGUCUCCGCGCAAAGGACACCGAUACCCUGCUUGAAGCUGCCAUAAUCACGUAUGCCAGCGACAUUGCGCACAACAUUGGCGAUGUUUGGCUGCCCGCUAUCGAUGGCGACUUUCUGCCUUAUGCACCAAGUAAAUUGAUCGCCGACGGCCGCAUCGGAAACGCGACGUUCAUUGCCGGAUGGACUCAGGAUGACUUGAAUUUUUACACCAACACGAGCAUCGCCACGGCCGGUGAUACGUACGACUUCAUCCGCGCCUACCUUCCAGGGCUGAAUCAGUCAAGUCUCGAUGACUUGUUGGGCAUGUAUCCCAUUUCGGAGUUCGCACCAGCCACGAAUCUCAGCGCAGAGUUCUUCCGCUCUGCGCGCAUCUUCAGGGACGUCUUGAUGGUUUGUCCGUCACUACACCUCGGCGCUGCGGUUGCAAAAACGCUUUCGAAGCCAGUGUAUCACUACAACUUCAACCAAACUGUUGUGGACCAGAUCCUCGACCCCAUGAGCAACGUUUCCGGUCUAGGCGCGGGCCAUACCUCCGAGUUCGCGUACGUGUUCGAUAGUUUCCGGGCGUACGACAAAGCUGGAUUCCCAGUCAAGGAGACUCGAAAGGACCAUGAGCUUAUGGAGCGGACAAGCCGGUCUUGGAGCACGUUCUUUGCCACGGGUAGUCCAGAGGUUAAGCUCCACGCUACGUUGCAUAAUUGGUCUGGGGCAUACGCCUCCAACAAUGGGCCGUUCAUCAUGACAAUUGGUGGUCCGCACGAGGGAAUGAGCCCAGCUGGCGGACCCGUGGGUCAGAGGUUGAUUGAGCGAUGUCGUUUCUUGAACGAUGCUGCAAUCAUCGAGGCCCUGGGCUAUUAG